GAAGAGCUCCACGUAGCGAAGAGGCUAUCUGAGCUACUGGCGUUAAGUUAGUCUAUCUAACACUGCGAUCAUCAUAGUUGUGUAACACUAUCUGAAAAUAAGCAUUUAAUGAUAGUGAGCAUUUGCUACGUACCCGAAGAAAACAAUGGCGGAUUUAGGAGUCGUUUGUAAACACACGAACGUGUCUGCUGUCCUAGAUGAAACAAUUGCAGAUUUGACGGAGCUCGAAGAUCUGGAGAAGGUGUAUUUAAAUCUGUGUAAUGAAGAGAAACAGGUCCAGGCAUAUCUACAGGUACUGGGUGAACAGCAAGGAACAAUUGAAAACAAAAUGCAGUUGCUUCAGCGGAUGAGACCAAAGCUGCAGUUGAUUGAAGGAGAUGCCUCUCAACUUGGUGGAAUGAUCAACUUCACCUGUAGUCUGGCUGAAAAUGUCAGCAGCAAAGUCAGACAACUGGACCUCACCAAGAAACGAUUGUAUCAGGCCAUACAACGUGCGGAUGAUAUUCUGGAUUUGAAGUUCUGCACAGAUGGUGUUCAGACUGCCUUACACAGCCACGACUACGAGCAAGCAGCUGCCCAUAUCCAUCGCUACCUUUCACUUGACCAGUCAGUCAUAGAGCUCAGUCGACAGGGAGGAGAAGGCAGUAGUGUGGAGACGAGCCUGGCUUUACUGAAGGAUGCAGAAGUGGAACUCAAAGCUCUGGUGACCAAGCGCCUUGAAGAAGCAGUAGCUGUAGAUGACAUCACUCAGGUGGAGCGCUUCUUCAAGAUCCUUCCCUUGCUACGCCUGCAUGAUGAGGGCCUUGCACUAUUUGCUAAUUACCUCAGCAAACAGCUGGCCAGUAAAGCGCAGGACAAUCUGACACUGGCAGUCACAUCGGAUGUAGGAGAAAGGAGAGCACCCAUGAUCUUUGUAGACACUCUGACACUACUGUUAGAAGGAAUUGCUCGUGUUAUUGAGACGCAUCAGCCUAUUGUGGAAACAUACUAUGGCCCUGGACGAUUGCAUACGCUUAUCAGUCACCUUCAAGGAGAGUGUGACAAGCAGGCACAAAGUAUUGUGGACAAAUUCAUCCAGAAUAGAGACUAUCACAAUAAGUUUCAGGUGGUACAGACAAGCAUGCUGAAGGGGGUGUCUACAGAUAAGAUCGUGGUCAGGGAAUUAGAUGCAGUCCUCUCCGAAGUAACUCUUAUGAACUCAAGAGCGGAGCUUUACCUGCGUUUCCUAAGGAGACGCAUGACGGCUGAUUUUGAAGUUGCAGACGCCAAUGCGCCUGAUGGUGUGUCUCAGGAGCAUCAGCAGUGUGCGGAGCGCCUGUUGAAGGAGUGCGAGUUGAGCUGUCGUAUGCAAGAGCUGAUUGGCUGCUACAUACCCAUGGAGGAGUACUACAUGAGGGAAACUGUCAACAAAGCUGUUGACAUGGACACGUGGGAAGUGGGGCAGAUGACGUCCAGCAUGGUGGACGACGUUUUCUACAUUGUGAAGAAGUGCAUAGGCCGCGCUCUGAGCAGCCAGUCCUCUGACUGCGUGUGUGCCAUGAUCAACCACGCCACGAGCCUACUGGAGCAGGAGUUCAGAGAGGUGCUCGUGGGCAGGUUGCGGAUGGGCUAUCCCGGCAGCGCGCUAGCAGACUUGCAAAGAGGUGUGAGCAGUGCCGUCAGCCUCAUGCAGAGCAGUCUUCAGCACGGUAAAAUACACACACACAUCGAGAGCCAGGAGCAGGCCAAGAAUGCCUUCCUCAUGACCCUCAACAACGUGGACGUGUGUAGCGAGAACAUCAGCACCCUGAAGAAGAGCCUGGAGAGUGAUUACGCAAAGCUUUUGAGCCAAGGGGCAGCAUCUGAGCAUGCACAGGCCAAGAUUGACAGCUGUUUAAUGGACAUGGUGAAUACAUCCAGCAAGUUCAAAGACCUGCUCCAGGAAGGUUUGUUGGAGUUGAAUAACUCUGCCAUCAAGCCUCAGGUAAAGCCCUGGAUCACCAGUUUCCUGUCUUUCUCGCACAACAUUGAAGAGGAGGAGUUUGGGGAGUUCGAGGCCAAUGACCCGUGGGUGCAGCAACUCAUCGUCCAAUUAGAGCAGCUCAUGGCGGAGUUUAAGACCUCUCUAUCAGCGGCGAUCUUUGACACUCUCACCAGCUUGAUGAUGAAUUUCAUCUCCAUGGAAAUGGAGAAGACCGUGUUCAAAUGCACCUUCAGCAGGCUAGGCGGCCUGCAGUUUGAUAAAGAACUGCGCUCUCUUGUUGCAUACCUCUCGUCUGUCACGUCCUGGACCAUCAGAGACAAAUUUGCUCGGCUGACGCAGAUGGCCACCAUACUUAAUUUGGAAAGGGUGUCCGAAAUCCUGGACUAUUGGGGUCCCAACUCCGCUCCACUGACAUGGCGUCUGACCCCCGCUGAGGUGCGACAGGUGCUGUCCCUCCGCGUGGACUUCCGCAGUGAGGAUAUAAAGAGACUACGUCUGUAACCGCCUGUCUCAAAAUAGGCAUUGCUCCAUUAUGUUGUUGUACAUAGAACCGUUGGUGAACUAUAUAUAGAGAGCAGUCUGUGUUUUUUGCUCCAUUACAAUGUGUUGAUAUUUAUUGUUAUUUUUUGCCAACAGUUCAGUUAGAAAAAUAGAGCAGGGAAGGUUAAUGUUGAGCUGUUCCUUUUACAAAACAACAAACAAGGCAGGGGUCGAAGAGUCAAGUGUUAAUAUCAAAUCUGUUUUGUCCACUUUACAUAAUAUUGUAAAUGUUUGUGAUUCUGGUUUUCUACUCGGGAAAUAAAUAAUAUUGUAUUUGCAUGGUUAAUUGCCCACCUGUCCUAUUUACAUUUUUUUUCUUAUUUUUGCUAAAACACUAAAUGCCAUUCUUUGACCAAGUGCUCAGUGGCCUGAAGCCAUCUCAUGCUCUUUCUAUGUCUAUCAUAAACAAGCUUCACAAUUUGCAGAUGUCACUGACCCUUUUUUGCUAAUUCAGAUUCAAAAGUAUUGAUCAUACUUGAUAAUUGUUUCAAAUUAUGUGAAAACCCAUAAGCCGGUUCAGAAUGUGAACAGGUUAUUGAAUAUUACAGUCCUACAGAUGUCCCAUAUUAGGCUGUAGAUUGUAGCACUUCUCAUUUACCGAACUGAACAUUUAGUCUUUUCCAAUACUUUAUUUUUACUGAAUGUACAGUACACGCUGAUUCAUGGAGUAAAAAAAACUUUUAUUUUUGGAGAUGCAAAAUGCAUUUCCUGUAAUCAAUAAGCACUAUGUUCUUCUUUUAACUGUACAGGAAGCUGUUGUAAAUGUUGUUUGGGAAUGAGGUUUUGUGUUAACAAUUUUCAGAAAAUGGUAGAAGGUUCCAAAAAAUGGUUUUAACCAUUGUGAAAAAAGUUAUCCAUGAGGCUUUCAGGGUGUCUGAAAAACACCGGGCUGCAUUAGGGGUGGGUUACCUGUAGGCUACUGUACAGUUCAUGAUUUACCUGUACUGUAUGGUGUGGUAUUUUAUAACACAAAUGUAAACAAAUAAAACAAAAUCAUACUGAUUUUUGGGAUUGGACAAAGUCAUUAACACAACACACCAUAAUUAUAACCACCACUUUAAUAACUGAACAUUUGAUCUUCAAA